AAAUAUUCCCUACCGCAACGCCAGCCGCACGGGAGAGAACCCGGGAGCCGCCGCCCUGCCCUGCCUUCCGCUGCCGCGCCCGCAGUUUCCAAAUUCGUCUUGCUCCGCUCAAUCACGCGAAUACCUGACCUCCUCCGUUCCUUCGUCGUCGCUCCCGGUCGCAGUCGGCCUAGCGAAGGAGCAGCGCAACAUGCAAACAGUACGGAGUGCGGUGCUGCAGCACCUCCGGCUCCGCGCGGCGGCUCCUAUUGCUGCACGUGGAGGCGGCGGCGGGUUCGCUCGGAGGAUGAGCGCGCCGGCGGGCCAGGAGGGCAGUAGCGGCAGCAGCUCCGAACUGGAGAGGGACAUCAGGACGCGCGUCGUUAACCUGGUCAAGAAGUUCGACAAGAUCGACGCCGACAAGGUGACCGAGACUGCAGACUUCCAAAAGGACCUGAGCUUGGACAGCUUAGACCGGGUGGAACUUGUUAUGGCCUUUGAACAAGAGUUCUCCGUUGAGAUCCCUGAUGACAAGGCUGACAAGCUGACCUGUUGUGCGGAUGUUGCCAAGUACAUCAUAUCCGAAUCUGAAGCGAGUGAUACAAAUGCCGGUGGAUCCUGAGGGACAGAUGAAACCGAGUGCAAUGUUUCUUUUUCUUUUUGUGUGUGUGUUUAUCAUAACGAGUCUGGGUUACAAAGGACGAUCUAUGCGCAUGAUUUCCUUUUAAUUUUUUUUUCCAGUAUGGAAGGAAAUGCUGUUCCAAUGCGUUUAUAUUGUCUGUCAAUACUGUGAAACUAUCUCUAUCUCGGUUGUUUGUCACAAAGUGAAGUUUUUUCUA